AUGACAAAGCAAAAGCUUCUGCUUGAUGGGACGCUCUCCUUGUUUCUGAUUGUGGCCUGUGAAGCUCAGCAGCUCCCGGCAGGUCAUGUUGCUGCUAGUUCUGGUCCUCUGUGUGAGAAGGAGACACAAUCCUUGGGAAACCUUUUCAGCAGCGAGCGGCUGGAUGCCUGGAUCUGUUCCCUCAUUGGUUCGUUCAUGGUGGGGCUCAGUGGGGUCUUCCCCUUGCUGGUGAUCCCAUUUGAGACAGGAGCUGCUCUGCGGUCAGAAGCUGGAUCACACCGUUUGAAGCAGUUGCUGAGUUUUGCAAUUGGUGGGCUCCUGGGGAAUGUGUUUCUGCACCUGCUUCCCGAAGCCUGGGCCUACACAUGCAGUGCAACGUCAGGAGAAGGGCAGAGCUUUCAGCAGCAGAAGCUGCUGGGUCUCUGGGUGAUCAUUGGUUUCCUGACCUUCCUGGUGCUGGAGAAGAUCUUCCUAGAGGAAGAAGAGAAGGAGUGCCCUGGUGUGGUCUGUGAUUCCAAAGCACCAGCUGGAAAGAUUCCAAAUGGAAGUGGCUAUGCACUGCCAAAGGUGGCAGGCCAGUCCCAAAGAGCAGGAACAGAUUCAGCUCAGUGUAAUGGCUCUUCUCGCCAGUCCUGUCCAACAGACAACAGAAUCAAGAUUAGUGGAUACCUCAAUCUGCUGGCCAACACCAUUGAUAACUUUACACACGGCCUGGCAGUAGCAGCCAGCUUCCUCGUUAGCAGAAAGGUUGGGUUCCUAACCACAAUGGCCAUUCUCCUGCACGAAAUCCCACAUGAGGUUGGAGACUUUGCAAUCCUACUUCGGGCUGGCUUUGACCGCUGGAGUGCAGCCAAGAUGCAGCUUUCCACAGCUCUGGGAGGGAUUCUAGGAGCCUGCUUUGCAAUAUGUGCUCAGUCACCAAAAGGAGCAGGGGAAACAGUAGCCUGGAUCCUCCCUUUCACUUCUGGAGGAUUUCUGUAUAUUGCCUUGGUAAAUGUUGUGCCUGAUCUCUUGGAGGAAAAGAAUCCUUGGAACUCCCUGCAGCAAAUUCUGCUCCUGUGUACAGGCAUUACAGUCAUGGUGCUACUCUCGCUCACAACUGAGUGACCUCUGCGCAGACCUCAUGAUGCCUCCCAGAGCCACCACAGUGACUCUGAGCUGUUACAAAGCAAUAAGGAACACUAAUGUUACUUCCUCUGUGUGUGCGUGCAGAUCUGGCUGCUAGUAUGAGAAGCAGGUGAGAAAGAGUUCUGGGUGUGCAGGACUUCAUUCUCUGGCUCUCCUAUCCCUGUUCUGCUAAAAUCCACACAUCAGGGCUUCCUUUUAUUUUCUCCUUUUUAUUAUUUUUAUGGAGCAAAAGAUAAAGUGAGCAGAAAUGAACUGAAAACUGCUCCACAGCGAAUGGACUAUGUUUCAUUUGGUUCAUUCAGAUGGAACCGC